AUCCACAUAUCUUACAUUUAACAGUAUUCCCUCCACGCUCCAUUGUACAUUCUCUUGUAAAAAUGACUAACAAUAAUGGAGUUGAAUGGAGUAUCAGGAUGGGUGAUGGAUCAUCGAUGGUGUUGGAGCCAGAGCACAAGUAUGGAGUGAUGAGAAUAUGGGAUGGAUUGAAGGGUUUGAUCAUGAGGUUUGUGAUGAGAGUGUGGAUGUUCUUGAAGAAAGCAUGGGAUUUAGGAGUCGAUGAGCCUAGAAAGUUCUUCCAUUGCCUUAAAGUUGGUGUAGCUUUGAUGGUUGUGUCAUUGUUUUACUAUAUGAGACCUUUAUAUGAUGGUGUCGGUGGCAGUGCCAUCUGGGCUGUUAUGACUGUAGUUGUUGUCUUCGAAUAUACUGUUGGUGGAACGUUAUACAAGUGUUUGAACAGAAUCUGUGCCACUCUUCUUGCUGGAUUUCUUGCUCUUGGGGUUCAUUGGGUUGCUAGCCAUUCAGGACACCAAUUUGAGCCAUUUAUCAUGGGAACUUCUCUUUUCAUAUUAGCUUCUGCUACAACCUUUUCAAGAUUUAUACCUGUGGUGAAAGCUAGAUUCGACUAUGGUUGCACCAUCUUCAUUCUCACUUACAGCCUGGUUUCAGUCUCAGGGUACCGAGUUGAACAUCUCCUGCAUGUGGCCCAUGAAAGGAUAUCGACGAUAAUCAUCGGGACUUGUUUGUGCAUUAUCACCAGCAUGCUUAUUUUUCCUGUUUGGGCUGGCACGGAGCUUCACCUUCUGAUCCCUCGUAACAUGGAUAAGCUUGCGAAAUCGCUAGAUUGUUGUGUAGCUGAGUAUUUUGGUCAUGAUGAUGAGGAAUCAAAGAAAUCAUCACAAGGUUAUAAAUGCGUGCUAAAUUCAAAAGCUUCCGAGGAGGCCAUGGAAAAUUUUGCUAGAUGGGAGCCUGCACAUGGCCAGUUCAAUUUUCGGCAUCCAUGGAAGAAGUAUCUCAAAAUAGGUGCAUCAGCCCGCAGUUGUGCGUAUUGCAUUGAAACACUCACUAGUUGCUUGGAUUCCAAGAAUCAGGUCCCGGAAUCAUUAAAGAAUCAUCUCGAUUCCUCAUGCAUGAAUCUUAGCUCAAGCGCAUCGAGGGUGAUAAGAGAGUUGUCAACAAUGAUUUGCUGGUCCAACCACAUGACAAGCUUCAAGGAUAGAAGAAAACAUUGUAAAAGCAGUUGA